CCCUUAGGGCGCUGGAGGCGGGUCUUCCGGCUCGCGCGGUGCAUGCGUGGAAAUGCAUCCUCGGAAGUACAGGCUCAACCUGAAAAAGACAGGAAGCAGAGAAAGCGAUACCCUACUCUUCCUACGGUGGCCUGAAGGAGAAGCGAAGUAGGAGAAUUUAUUAUUUCUGGGACUCACAGUUGCGAUGUCUUUCAAGAGGGAAGGGGACGACUGGAGUCAGCUCAAUGUGCUAAAAAAACGACGGGUUGGAGACUUGCUGGCCAGCUACAUCCCAGAGGAUGAGGCGCUGAUGCUGCGGGAUGGACGCUUUGCGUGUGCCAUUUGCCCCCAUCGCCCAGUACUGGACACCCUGGCCAUGCUGACUGCCCACCGUGCAGGCAAGAAGCAUCUGUCCAGUCUGAAGCUCUUCUAUGGCAAAAAGCAGGCAGGCAAGGAAACAGAGCAAAAUCCAAGGCAGCAGAAAGACCUGAAGACAGAAACCAAAGCUGAGGCGCCUUUGCUAACCCAGACCCGAUUGAUCACGCAGAGUGCUCUGCACAGAGCUCCCCACUAUAACAGCUGCUGCCGGAGGAAACACAGACCGGAAGCCCCUGCUCCCUCUGUCUCCAGUUCUCCUUUGCCAGCCCCAGAGGUUGGACUCCAGAGUGCAAAGAUCAGUAGGGAACCCGAACCUAAGGCAGGAUCGCAUGCCAAAGAGUCAUCUGCUCCCAUGAGCCCCACGAAACGACGAAUCCUGAACCAUUACCUUACCCUUCGAAGCUCGGGAUGGGUCCCAGAUGGACAAGGCCGAUGGAUAAAAGAUGAGAAUGUUGAAUUUGACUCGGAUGAGGAAGAGCCCCCUGAUCUCCCCGUGGACUAACAACCCCUCGCCCCAUUUCUUCCACAGAUAAACUGUAGUUGUUCCUUGUUCGACCUUAGGAUUUCAAAUCUGUUCCUCUCAGCCUGGCCACUCCUUUCCUGCAGCGUCCAUGGCUCCAUACUCUGACCCCUCCCCCACUCUCUACCAAAGCCUUGCCAAGCGUCAGCUGCAUUCAGCCCGGUGCCCUAUUAAUAAGUCUGUCAGGAGGAGGUCCCUGCCCUUCGUGUAGUCUGACUCCCUCCCCACCUCCACCCUCAGUCCCUUUCCUUCAGCUCACAUGUGGAUGGCCAAUGGGCACAGGAGCUCUGGCCACCUCUGUCUGCAGAGAGCACUGCAGCCAAGUGCCCUGGGAAGAGACUGAAGCCUUUGGCAGAUUUAUGGGGAACACAAGGAACAGAGCUUCCCCUCCUCCUAGUAACCUGAACCUCCCUGCCUGCUGAUCCCCAGAGUAUAAAUAAUCCCUUGAUGAACUGGCAGUAACCCUUGAGGGGUAGCGCCAAGAUUCCCACCCCAACCCAAGGAAGGAGACAGGCGGCGUGAACAAAAGGGAUUUUAUUUACAGGAAAGGGAAGAGAGAUGAGGACUUAUGUGUCCAGGGCUCUCAUCUCUUGUUAGCAAAAGGAAGCGUGACACUAUCUCUUCUUUUGCUGGCGACCUAUAAAGGGAGAAUGGUGACACAGCUUCAUCUCUUGUUUUGGCAAGGGUGUGUUUCUCUUCCCCUUUCCUUAGACUAUAAACUGCUGCCCCAUGCCACCUCAGGGGCCUGUCCCAUGUUAACAACAAAUCAAGAACACACUGGGAAAUAAGAGGACGUGUUUCUGGGUGGUACUGUCAUGCCGAGCUCCCACCCGCUUCUCUACAGAUGUGUGCUGGGGGAAGAUGGACUUUGUAUCUGUUUCUCACUCAUUCCUCUCCGCGUGUGUGCCAGCUACCCAAGCCUCCAUCACUAAGUCUGUUUUCAGUGCCCAUCUCGGCACUUGCCCUCGUCUCUACACGGGCUCCACAGCUACUUACGCAGCUCGUUGUUCCGGGUCAUGGCCUGGGCCGCCCGAGCUCGUGGUCCCUGUUGUGUAAAGUGGUACCCGAAGCGCACAAUAGAGGGACACUGCUCUAACACAGUGGCCAUUUCCAUCUCCACUGCAUCACCAGGCCAUUGGCGCUGAGGAGAGAGGCAGAAGCUGUCAGAAACCUAUGGUUCUUCAGCCCAGCCACGGGUCUCCGGGAAGUUGAGAGGCUUGUUUCUCUAGAGUAGGUGAAGGGAGUGCUGGUCCCCUUGCUGCCCAAUAAGCUGCCCAGGGAGGAACUCAGUGGGUGUUAGCUGGAUGAGUGACCCUGGGGUCGGAAUGCUGACCUGGUUAUCUACACGGAGCUCGGUAAGAGUGGCGUUCUCCCGAACUGCCUUCAGCACAGCCAUGAGCCCUGUGCUGCUGAUGAAGUUGGAUUCAAUGUUCAGGCUCUGGAGACUACGGUUCUCACGCAACAUGUCAGCUACCGCCUGGGUGGUAGGGACUUGUGUUAAGGUUGGGGACAGGUUCGUAGGUGACUGAGGAGAGGCAGAAGGGGAGCAGGAGGGACACAGCCCUUUGCAGUUCCCUGAGGAGCCAGGGUUGGGGAGUCGGUGAAAGC